AUGGAACAGUACAAGUUGCGGGACCUCUCUCCCGUUGCCGACCCUGCCGCUGUGGUGCAGGGUGAUCAUUGGAGGUUCACUAUCUUGACAGAAGGUGUUCUGCGGUAUGAAUACGCUCCCGAUGGGGUGUUCGAAGACCGCGCAUCCACCUUCGCCGUUCGACGCAAGCUCCCGGUACCCAAAUUCCGCGUCAUCGGCAAGGGUGAGAACAGUGACCUCGAGAUCCUCAGCUCACGCUUCCACCUCGUAUACGACAAGCUCCCCUUUUCCUCCUCUGGCUUGGCCGUCUACGUCCGUGGUGCCAACCUCAACCGGCAUAGCUUCUGGAGAUAUGGAGUGGAGCCCCGCGCGAGCAUGACGCUGUUCGGAACGGCGCGGACGUUGGACUUGGUGGAUGGGCGGUGCGAACUCGGUCCAGGCGUUUGUAGCCGGGAUGGAUGGGCAGUUAUCGACGACAGCAAGAGCAUGCUCUUUGAGCCUGAUGGCUGGGUCAGUGGACGCAAGGAGGGAGAGCGCGUGGAUGGGUAUGUGUUUGCUUAUGGAACCGACUAUAAGGAGGCGGUGAAGGCGCUGUAUGCCAUUUCCGGAGAUACGCCGCUCCUCCCUCGUUGGGCGCUUGGAAACUGGUGGAGCCGAUACUACCCGUACAGUGCUGAGCAAUACCUCUCCCUCAUGGACAAGUUCAAAUCCGAAGGAAUUCCUCUGAGCGUUGGGGUAAUCGAUAUGGACUGGCACCUUGUGAAACACCCACGAGUGACGCAUGCCGGGUGGACAGGAUACACGUGGGAUCCCGACCUGUUUCCUGAUCCCGAUGCCUUCCUCAAGAAGCUGCAUGAUCGCAAUAUAAAGGUGACGCUGAAUAUUCACCCCCACGAGGGCAUACAUGCGUUUGAAGACGCAUAUGAGGCAGUUGCGAAGGCACUUGGAAGGGAUCCCAGCACAGGCGACCCUAUUCCAUUCGAUAUCGUCAACAAAGACUUCCUCAAUGUUUACUUCAGCGUGCUUCAUCGCCAGCUGGAGAAGCAAGGCGUUGACUUUUGGUGGAUUGACUGGCAGUCGGGAGAGCACACGAAGAUUCCUGGUGUCGACCCACUUUGGAUGCUGAACCACUUCCAUUUCCUCGACUCGGGCCGCGAUGGCCAACGUCCGUUCACCUUUUCUCGCUACGCCGGCCCAGGUAGCCAUCGCUAUCCGAUCGGAUUCUCUGGCGACACACACAUCAGCUGGGCAUCACUUGAAUUCCAGCCCGAGUUCACACUCACUGCCAGUAACAUCGGCUACGGCUGGUGGUCACAUGAUAUUGGCGGCCAUCUACGCGGCACGAAGGAUGACGAACUAACCGCGCGCUGGGUUCAACUUGGCGUAUGGAGCCCAAUACUGAGGCUACACAGCACCCACAACCUGUUUAUGACUAAAGAGCCCUGGGCAUACGGGAUCGAGGCGCGGACGGUGAUGGAGGAACAACUUCGGUUCAGGCAUAGGUUGAUGCCCUACCUGCAUUCGAUGAAUUACCGUGCGGCGAAAGAGCAGGAGCCUCUUGUACAGCCAACCUAUUGGAAGUACCCCACCAGGGACGAAGCUUACCGCAAUCGCAACCAGUUCUUCUUCGGCUCCGAGCUGGUUGUGGCCCCAAUCACCACCCCGAGAGACAAGGCAACGCGGUAUGGUGCCGUGCGCACUUUCAUCCCGGAGGGGAGGCAUAUCGAUAUAUUUACGGGCACCGUAUACGAUGGAAAUCGCGAGCUCGUUCUGUACCGCCCGCUCGAGCGUUACCCUGUUCUUGCACGGAAGGGUGCUAUUAUUCCGCUCGAUGCGGCGAUUGUGCCCGAGAACGGAUGCAUCCUCCCCAGUUCAUUUGAGGUCAUGAUUGUCGUUGGUGCUGAUGGACAAUUCGACAUCAUGGAGGAUGAUGGGAAGGGUUCCAACCUCGACGCUGUGAAGUGGGCGAAGACGAGCAUCACGUAUUCCCAGGAGAAGGGAAUCAUCCGGAUUGCACCAGUUACGGUCGCAAAUGUCUCCGGCUUACCGGCGACGCGCAACUGGAAGUUCCAUCUCCUUGGUGUCUCACCACUGAAGAAUAUCAAAGCAACCGUCGGAGGAUCCGUGAGAGAGAUAUCGAUAGAAGCGGUUGCGACCGGUUCUGUGGUACAAGUUGGUGACGUCGCGGUGGAUACGGAGAUAGUCCUCGAGCUGGGUCGCAAGCCCCAGUUGGACGUUCUUGACCCAGCACUCCGGGUAUGGAAAGUUCUAGAUGAAGCCCAGAUCAAGUUCGAGGAUAAGAUUGCCGCGUGGAAAGUCAUGCAGUCGAGCGGAUCGAGGCUUGCGAAAGCGGGUGGUUUGAGUGCACUCGGCUUGGAGAACACGGUGCUGCAGGCGUGUCUCGAACAACUUUUGGCGGACUCUAGAGAGUCUUUUAACAUUAAAGGCGCAAAAACAAAAAGGAUGGACUUUCUCAAUUGGUUCACAUCGGCUGGUGGUACAUUCGACAGCAGCGCUAUUGGGAUUGAAGACCUUCCUGAGACGGGUCGCGGUGCUGUCGCGUUGCGGGACAUCUACGAAGGCGAGAAACUCUUCACCAUCCCGCGUUCCCUUCUUUUAUCUACGCGCACAUCUAGUCUACCAUUUCUACUAGGGGAAGAAGAUUGGAAUGCAUUAGGAGAUGGCUGGGCCGGGCUGAUACUCUGUAUGAUGUGGGAAGAAGCUAGAGCAGAAGAGAGCCCAUGGCGGGGAUACUUAGAGUCUAUGCCGACGGAAUUCAGCACGCUGAUGUUUUGGACUGAUGAAGAGCUGGGGUUGCUAAAGGGAAGCCUCGUGCUGGACAAAAUUGGCAGGGCUGGUGCCGAGAAAGAUUAUAACGAGAAGGUGUUGCCUCUUUUACAAAAACGCACGGAUCUUUUCGCCCCGUCUCUGUUCCAAACCCGUUACACGCUCCAGAACUACCACAUCCAAGGAUCUCGUAUCCUUUCCCGUUCAUUCACUGUCUCCCCUUGGUCCGGCGCUGUACCGGAGAACGACGAAGAUGAAGCGCCGGAGCUUGUUGAUACCUCCAUGGCAUCGGCUGGGGAUGAGUUGAUGGGCGAGGUGAACGUACUAGGAGAUGACUCUGAGGGAAACAUUGAUAUGGGGGAUAUGGACGAGGACGAGGAGGAUGAGGAAAGAGAAAAGACUGAGGACGUUGCUAUGGUGCCUAUGGCAGAUAUGUUGAAUGCGAGGUGUGGAUGCAAUAACGCAAAACUUUUCUACACGAGGGAUGACCUGCAGAUGAUGGCCACCAAACCAAUAGCCAAAGGAGAGCAGAUCUGGAACACUUACGGGGACCCGCCAAAUUCCGAUUUACUAAGGCGAUAUGGCUAUGUUGAUGCCCUUACCUUGCCGGAUGGCGUGGGAAGCCCAUCAGACGUCGUCGAGAUCAAUGCCGAUACGGUUGUUGAAGCGGCAAAAGUCCAGUCAUAUCAAGACAGAAUUGACUGGUGGUUGGAGGAGGGCGGCGAUGACGCAUUUGUCCUCGAUGUUACGUAUAGCGUGCCAGACGAGAUGCUUUCGUUAGUCAGGCUGCUUCUGUUGAACCAGGAGGACUGGGAGAAAGCACAAUCAAAAGGAAAGCCUCCAAAGCCAAAGUUGGAUGAAAAGAGUUAUGAAGUUCUCCUUGUGGUCCUUCAGAAACGUCUGGCAAUGUAUCCGAUUUCAUUAACGGAACAAGAAGGUAUGUUAAGGUCGUCUAAUGAGCUUAACGAAAAACGCAGAAAUGCGUUGAUCGUCACGACCGGGGAGCAACGCAUCCUGCACAAGACGCUCGAGAAACUCGAGUCACUGAACCAACGAUCAUCAGGCACCAAUGGAGAUGGACGAAAGCGCAAAGGAGACAAGGAGGAGAGUCAAAGGGGGACGAAGAAGGCAAGGCGGACGCACUUUAUUAUUGAUAAGAAGCUCUCCAGGGUCUGAUGGAGUGACACGUUCAUGACGACACAAAAGGUUGGUGUGGCGGUGUAUGGCGCGUAUGCUGCGCCCUUGGCGAAGUAGGCAACGCGUAGCUCCGACCUACCGACCUACCCCACACCUCUGAUAAAUAACUACAACUUACUCUCUCCCAUCAUCUGCCCUUACCUGACUUUGUGAACGACCCCAAAUUAUUAGUAUCAUGACUGAGAAGAUAUCUG